AUGACUGAAAUUAUCUGCAUCUGCGACUCCAGAGAUAAGGUCUGGCAGCAGAACGGCAAGGUCUUCCGCCCCUACACCGGCGAGUGCCCAAAAUGUGGCCUGUUAAACACAGGCGCCGAAUCGAAGCAUGUCGGCGAAUGCCGUACAAGUGAGAGCCGAAAGCCUCGCAAACUUCCCACUCUGAACCGCGAGUUCAAGGGCAAGGUGGGUGAUAUCGGCGUGGGAUUUUAUGAGGGUGCAAAUGGGUCUUAUUCGGUUGGUACUGGGAAGAUUGUCAAGAUUGAACGACAUGGUGUGUUUAUUGAGAAGCCACUGAGUCCGACAGAUAUUGAAAUGGCCAAGGAGACUACUGGCCGUACAUCUAGGCUAGAGCCAGACCCGUGGCAAGCGGUAUCGACCAAGAAAAAGAACAGUAACAUUGACACUGAUCACAAGACAACCACCCUAUUUGAACGGGAGGAAGAUGAGUUCGUUCUGGUUGACAAGAAGCGAGGAGGUAUGUUUGACUACUGGAUCCCUUACAAUGACAAUGGCGCGUCGCUGCUCCGGGAACGGGGCAGGCGCAGGGUAAGGGUUUCGCGAAGGCUGCAGUUUACGCUUGUUAAUGGGCUGUACUUUGGGUCUUGGAAGUAG